AUGGAUUAUGCUUACCUUCUUUUAGUGUAUCUUCGUCAUCUCUUCCGUGAAUUGCAUAAUUGUGGAUUAAUCUACAAUCCAGUUUUAGUAUUCAUGCUAUACUCUUCUAUAGUGGAGAACAUAAGUUGCUUUGAUUGUCUUAGCAAAUCUAUAUUGCGUUCUCCCGUCUUAUGGGAGAAAAAGUGCAAUGGUUUGAAGACCGAAAGUGCUAAUGCUGAAUCUCAUGGAACAUUGAUUGGUCCAAUGAAUGAUAUCCACAAUGAACUGAACUUUGACUCUGUUAAUAGUUUUGAUAAAACUGAUAUCCAGUUUUUUUAUUUUAACACCUCAAAAAGUGUUGUGCCUUUACAAAGCUAUACAAAUGAGAGAUCUCAGAUAUCUUACUCAGAUUUAUCUCGAGUCUCAGAGGCUGGCCCUCCUUUACAGAAUAUGCUUGGGGGCACACAAGUGGGAGAUGCACGUGUUUUGAAAAAUUCAGCAGGUUAUGUUGGAUAUCAACAUUCAUGCAACACUCUUGUCGGGGCAUGCUUAUCCUCUGGUUACGUCAUUAAUGGAUCUCAGGUUUGCCCUGGUGAAAGAACAGCUAAUGGAGUGAGCAGUUCUCAGGUUUUGCAAAACCUUACACAAAUAACUUCCUUACCCCGAGAAGCAACUGAAGGAAAUGUUCAUACUGGAGCACCUCCUCCUUGGUUUGAUGCAACUGAAGGAAAUCAGCAGGACGUUAUGCUAAAACCAGAAUUUAGCAAUUUUGUUUCCCAUUCAGGGAAGUCCUCAAAAUUAAAUCCAAAACGGGUUGGAGCUGCUUGGGCAGAGAGAAGAAAGAAAGAGCUAGAGCUGGAAAGGAAGGGUGAGCUUGUCACCAAUAAUUUUGAUGCUAAUUGGCUUCCUAAUUUUGGUAGAGUUUGGCAAUCGGGUACCCGAAAAGAAUCCAGAAAAGAAUUUCACAAGGAAAAUAAAUCAUCUAUAGAGGUUGAAAGUAAAUCGGAGAAGCUGAUCUCAUUGCAGCCUUAUAUCAGCAAGCGAAUGCGCAGAGAUGCAAGUGAAUAAUGCUUCUAAAUCAUAUUGUCCAUUCACCGUGCUACAUCUCUGUUUCAAUGUUGCUUAUGAUGUAUAUUUUCUGUUUCUACACUCGUCGAGACAAAGGUAAUGGAAAUCAUUUUCAUCAUGUAGCUCAAUCUUGUAAAUGCAUUGUAUCUUUAACCAUGCUAGCAGUGUCUUGAAAAUUAAUUAAUUUGAAUGGUUUUGUGCUAUUGGCACGUGUGACUC